AUGGUGGUUGCGAGUUUGCGUCCCACAAAGCCACCAAAACUGCAGUGUGCCGAAAGUCCCCUGGAGAUCCACUGUGAUAUCGACCUCAGGUGGUCUCUUCUCUCUUCUUCAACUUCAACCAAGUUAAUUAGCUUGUUGUCCUUGGAACACCCCAUGUCAGUCGAAGCCUUUAAGGCACCUGCAGCCCGCCGCGUGUCUCUCAAGUUGGAUCUCUCGACUGUCGACUCUCGACCCUCGACCCUCGACCCUCGACCCUCGACUCCCGCCAACUCUCUUCUUUUGCCUCCCUACUGGCCACUGACAGCGGUCAAUUACUGUCAAAACCAUGCUAGUCAUCUCGUCCAUCCAAGCUUCUUCCAUCCGCUUCACUUGGACCGAAGUUCUUUGCUCUCUUGCCGCUCUCCCGACUUCUUGUCUCGGAACGUUGAUCUCUCUACCAUGGUAUUCCAUCCGCCCCUCCUUCUACAGGCGGCUCUGGGCGUGUCUUCUCUCGGCGACUGGCCCAUCUAUACGUCGUUCAUUGGUGUGCACCGGGAGGAGGUUUCCCAUCGGGAACGUUCCUCCAUCAUCGUGUCUCUUUACUGUUCUUCCGUUUGA